CUCAUGGCCUGGACAGUUCCAGCCACAUAAAAAGUGGGUUGAUAUCCACAGACGCCACUGGAUAACCAGCGUCAUCCCAGAUCUAGCUCCCGCCUUAAAGCCAAGGCCUUGGCUCUUGGUCCUCCUACAUCUCCUACUUACAACUUCGACGUUUACCCAAACUCACCACGCCCAAGACGACUAUCUUUUCUGAUAGUUCACGGCUUCGCAUCACACUCUCGAGAGUCAAACACCUGUUCGAUGAAGGAAGCUUCUCCUGAUCCACCCAAUAUAGAUGGCAGUCGCUCUGGUGCACAACCCGCAGCGCCCACUGCUCAGGGCUUGAAUGAGCACAGCAACCCUGAACACAAAGAAUUCAACGAAAAACAGAAUGGCAGCUCUGGCUCUGUCAACGGCGGUGACCGUCAAGGUCCCAGCCGAAACAACUCCUCUCUUCUCAAGGCUCUCUCUGCUGGCGAUGUCCCAUCUCACACAUCAUCUCAGGCUGCACGGCCGGGGUCUGUCAUAGAGACUCCCAACAAGGCCGAGGAGCCGUCACAAGAGAACCCCAAUCCAACCAGCAAAAUGAACAGAUUCUUCGCUGAAGUUAAGCGAAGUGUCAAAAUUUCUAUCUUCCACAGCUGGCUCAACAUCCUCCUCAUCUUCGUCCCUGUUGGUAUUGCAGUAUCCCAGGUAGAUGACAUCAAUGGAGGUAUUGUUUUUGGUCUCAAUGCAGUUGCCAUUAUUCCUCUUGCUGGUCUCUUAGCUUAUGCUACCGAGUCUGUUGCCCGAAAGAUGGGUGAUGCUCUCGGCGCGUUGCUGAAUGUCACUUUUGGUAAGUCUACCCACAACACAACACCACACAGAGUCUAAUCCGCAUGUUUAUUAUAGGCAACGCCGUGGAACUCAUUAUCUUCAUCUCAGCCUUAACGAAAGACGAAAUUCGCAUUGUCCAGGCAUCUCUAUUAGGUUCAAUCUUAUCGAAUUUAUUGCUUAUCUUAGGUAUGAGCAUGCUUCUUGGUGGUUUGCGCUUCAGAGAGCAAGUCUAUAACAGUACUGUCACUCAAAUGAGUGCUUGUUUGCUCAGUUUGAGUGUUAUCAGUCUUGUUCUGCCGACAGCCUUUCAUGCUUCCUUCCGAGAUAAUGAUCUCGCUGACCGGCAAUCCCUCAAAAUCAGCCGUGGAACGAGCAUCGUCCUUCUGCUUGUAUACGUCAUCUAUCUCAUGUUCCAGCUGAAAUCUCAUGCUUACAUGUAUGAGUCGACUCCUCAGCAUAUCAUUGAUGCUGAGUUGGCCCCUGGACCCGCUGCCGGCCUUCUGGAUUCUUCCAGCUCUGACGACAGCUCAUCCUCAAGUUCCGAUUCAUCUGACUCUGACUCAUCUCAUGGUACAAUGCGAAAGAAAAUGAAAAAGGUUCUGCGAAAUAGGCGGCAUAGGAGAUCUAGCACUGCUUCAGUUGAUACCGCUGAUACCAAAGGAACCCGCAGUGCCUCGUUCACAACGACAAACACCACCCCACAGGAUGAGGUCUCUGAGGCAACCGCUUCGCGUCAUCGUAUUCCUCGCUUCCCAUCUUACGAGGGUAGUGAGAGUGCCAUUGAAGAAGAGGAUGAAGAAGAGGCAAAGCGUUCACGUCGACGCCGUCGAUAUCGCCGACACAGGCACCGCAAGAGCAAAAAGCAAGCCCGUGAUGCCAAGAAGGCCGCAGGCGUUACUGAGGCACAGAAUGAGCUGCCCGAAAAUGCUCCGCAGAACAAUAGCGAAUGUGAACCUCGACGUGUGGACUUCGCCGUUCAGGAUGACCUUGAGGCUGGCCCCUCAAACACUGGCAAACGGCCAUUCCCCCUGCGAGGAUUGUCUGUCAAAAACAUCGCCCCUGUUUUCACUGAACAGUCGACGGUGGCAUCUACCCCUGUCCCUCACGUUCGCUAUGGAAUCAGACGUACAAAUUCUCUCCCGGACCGUCUCCAGUUUCGAGCUCCAGGCGCCAUGUUGCCCUCUUCUGUUCCUCCAAUCUUGACUGCCCCUGGUGCUCAAAUGAUCGCCAAGGAACAGGAGAACGAAGAAGACCACCUCACCCAGAGUGGUGCCAUCAUUCUUCUCCUCGUCUCCACAGCCUUGGUUGCAGUUUGCGCUGAACUUCUGGUUGGUUCUAUUCGAGAGGUCGUUGAGUCUUCUGGUGUCAACGAGGUCGGAAUUGGUCUCAUCAUUCUCCCUAUUGUUGGCAACGCCGCUGAACAUGUCACGGCCAUCAAGGUCGCAUACAAAAACCACAUGGAUCUCGCGAUCGGUGUCGCUGUAGGCAGCUCCAUCCAAAUUGCUCUACUCCUUACUCCCGUCAUGGUUAUUCUCGCAUGGAUCAUGGACAAAGAUAUGUCUCUUUACUUUACACUAUUUGAGACUGUCUGUCUGUUCGUUUCGGCGUUUAUUGUCAACUUCCUCGUCCUGGACGGAAGAAGCAAUUACCUUGAAGGUGCUCUGCUCUGUGCGGUGUACAUCAUCAUUGCUGUUGUAGCCUUCUUCUAUCCCAAUGAACAGGAAGCCAGCGAGUGGGGUGGAGGUAGUUAGUCUGCGUCAUAGAAACUCGGUCGGUGAGGGCUGAGGAUGGGGCUUUCUCACAUCAAAUAUCGGAGUAGUAACAACAUCAUGGGCUGAGAUGCCCAGUAGUUAACAACUUACAAAGGGAAAAGAAUAACUCAAAUUGACAAGAUAACCCAACUUGUUUUUUUUUUUUUUUUAUUUUUAAAGAAGCAACAGUAAUACCUAUAGUGGCCUAACCCAAUACAAUUCAUUGACUUAUCAUGCCCUGCGUAUUGGCGUAUCGUAAUUCAGCUUUCUGCCUCGUGAUACCAGAAGGGGCU